AUGGCAAAUCCAAGUGUUGAAGUUUUAUAUAAUCAGAUAUUUAUCAACAAUAAUUUUGUAAACUCAGUUAGUGGAAAAACAUUUCCUACUAUAAAUCCUGCGAAUAAAAACAAAAUUAUCGAUGUCGCCGAAGCUGAUAAAGAUGAUGUUGAUUUGGCUGUUAAUGCGGCAAAAACUGCGUUUAAACCAGAUUCUGAGUGGCGUAAAAUGGACGCAUCUGCCCGAGGCAAAUUGAUGUACAAGUUAUCAGAAUUGAUGGAUAAGCACAAAAUUCAUUUAGCAAAUUUAGAAUCUUUGGACAAUGGUAAACCAUUUAGCGAUUCAUUACUGGACAUAGAUAUGGCUAUUUCAACUCUUCAAUAUUAUGCUGGAUUUGCUGACAAAAUUCAUGGAAAAACUAUUCCAGCAGAUGGGCCAUAUUUUGCAUUCACUAAACAUCAACCUGUUGGAGUUGUUGGACAAAUCAUUCCUUGGAACUAUCCAAUUUUAAUGCUGGCAUGGAAAUGGGGACCAGCUCUUGCUACUGGAUGUACAAUUGUACUAAAACCCGCUGAACAAACUCCUCUCACUGCCUUGCAUGUAGCUGCACUAUCAAAAGAAGCAGGAUUUCCCGAUGGUGUCAUUAACAUUGUACCUGGGUAUGGUCCGACUGCGGGUCAAGCUAUAGCUAGCCAUCACAACAUAAAUAAAGUGGCAUUUACUGGAUCGACAGAAGUUGGAAAAUUAAUCAUGGAAGAAGCAGCCAAGUCUAAUUUAAAACGUGUAUCAUUAGAGUUAGGCGGAAAAAGUCCUCUAGUAAUAUUCGAUGAUUUUGAUGUUGAUGAAGCUGCUAAAAUUGCUCAUGAUGCUGUGUUUGCCAACAUGGGGCAGAAUUGCUGUGCUGGUUCUAGAACAUUUGUUCAAGAAGGUAUUUAUGAACAAUUUGUUGAAAAAGCUGCCUACUUGGCAUCUCAAAAAAAAGUAGGAGACCAAUUUGAUGUUGAUACGCAAGUAGGGCCUCUGAUAAGCGAAGAGCAAUACAACAAAGUCUUGAGUAUGAUUGAAUCUGGUAAAAUAGAAGGAGCUAAAGUAGAGGCUGGUGGGUCUAAAGUAGGUGAUACAGGAUAUUUUGUGUAUCCCACUGUAUUCUCAAAUGUGACUGAUAACAUGAAAAUUGCUAGAGAAGAAAUUUUUGGACCAGUUCAGCAGAUUAUUAAAUUUAAAACUUUAGAUGAAGUGAUAAAACGUGCAAACGACACUAAAUAUGGAUUAGCUGCUGGAGUACUAACUAACAAUUUGGACAUUGCAAUGGAAUAUAUAGAUAAUGUUAAUGCUGGUUCAGUUUGGGUUAAUUGUUAUGAUGCCGUUAAUGUCCAAUGUCCAUUUGGAGGGUUUAAGCAGUCCGGACAAGGAAGAGAGUUAGGAGAAGAAGGUCUAAAGGAAUACUUGGAAUUAAAAUCAGUCACAAUCAGAAAGAAUUACAAUUUUUAA